UUUUAUAUACCUCCAAUAUUUCUCGCCCUCUCAUCAAUCGAAACUCCUAAAUUUUGUUCCCAAUUUCUCCAACCGAUCGAAGAUUUAAUCCAACAAUGCCUGCAAUUGCUGAUCGAAACUCGUCUUCCUUCAAGGAGAUCGUAGCCGCCAUCAAGUCUGACAAGAGCGGCGACAUCGCUGGAUCCAACGGCUGUUGUAUUCCUCAGAAACGGAGGUUAAGAUCCGAUGCAGCCGCGGCGAGAGAGAGUCCGGUGUCGACGCCUAUGAAACUUAAAUCGCCUUGCCGUCGCUUGAAUUCGAGCCCAAACAGCCCUGCAAACGGUAUUAAGGAAGAUUUUAGUGAAAAACCAGUGAAGAAGAAUUGGAAUCCGAGAGAUGUUGAGCAUAUGAGGGCCGUGAAGGAGGCACUGCAUGUUUCAACAGCUCCAUCAACUAUUGUGUGCAGAGAAGAUGAACAGAAAAGGGUUUUAGAGUUUUGCAAGGCAUGUAUAGAACAAGAGAAAGCUGGGAGUUUGUAUGCAUGUGGAUGUCCUGGGACAGGGAAAUCAUUAUCAAUGGAUAAAGUAAAACAGCAAGUUAUUGAUUGGGCAACAAAGCAGGAAGAUUUGCAGCCACUUGAAGUAUUAGCACUGAAUUGUACUUCUUUAGCAAACACAUCUGAGAUUUUUAGUAAGAUUCUUGGCAAGCACCAACCAAGGAAGAAAACUAUGGGCUCGACAUCACCUUUACAACAUCUACAGAAACUGUAUUCUAAUAACCAGGCACGAGCUGGCUCAAAGAUGAUGUUGAUUAUUGCUGAUGAGUUGGAUUAUUUGAUUACGAAGGACAGGGCAGUGCUUCAUGAUCUUUUCAUGCUUACAACUUUUCCAUUCUCCAGAUGUAUAUUGAUAGGAAUUGCAAAUUCUAUUGACCUAGCUGAUCGGUUUCUUCCAAGACUUCAGUCAUUGAAUUGCAAGCCUAUGGUUGUAACCUUCCGUGCCUACUCUAAAGAUCAAAUCUUGUCAAUACUUCAAGAGAGGCUCCUGGUACUUCCAUAUAUUGUCUUCCAGCAGCAAGCUUUAGAACUUUGUGCCAGAAAAGUUGCAGCUGCAUCUGGAGAUAUGCGGAAGGCUCUUUGUGUAUGUAGGAGUGCAAUGGAAAUUCUAGAAGCAGAAUUAAGAGAAUCUGCAAGCAACCUGAGUUUGGCAUCUGUAGAGGAGGAGUUCAUUAGUCAGCAGACAGCUCCGGCUCUUGAAAUCUUCCAAUCAGAAGAAAAUAAUACCGUCAGGAUUGAUCAUAUGGCUCUUGCAUUGUCAAAGACAUUCAGAUCACAUAUAGUUGACACUAUACAGUCUCUUCCUCAGCAUCAACAAAUUAUACUUUGCUCUGCAGUGAAGUUUUUCCGUGGUGGAAAGAAGGAUUCAACUGUCGGGGAGCUAAAUAAAUCUUAUAUUGACAUCUGCAAAUCAGCAAUGAUACCACCAGUUGGAAUUUUGGAAUUCUCAAGCAUGUGCCGAGUGCUAAAUGACCAAGGGCUCUUCAAACUAGGCCAAUCUCGUGAUGAUAAAUCGAAGAGAGUAACACUAAAGGUUGAUGAAGCCGAUAUCUCCUUUGCACUGCAGGGAGUUCGAUUCUUUCGGAAUUGUCUCCAGUAAUUCGGCAUUAAGGAGUUACGUAAGGACUCAGAUUUGGUGGCUGUCUAAAUUGUUCAAUGUGCCUGCUCCUAACUUCAGGCAUGCCAUUAUAAGCUUGAUCCUGAAGCUGCAGUCAUGUUUAUUCUACUUGGGUAUUGCAACGACUAAACCCAUUGCAACUUUGAGGGGGAAUACCAUCCGCCACAGCUUUCUUUCAGGAAUGCAAGAGAACAUGCAAUUAUUGACAAUUUUAUACAAAUUGUAAAUUUCAAAAAUAGGGGUUCUUUUUUUUUUGCCAUAAACUUUUGAAAAUAUAUAUUCUUGCGUAAUUUUUUUUCUUGAUGGGAUUCUUGUGUUAUCUUGGU